AUGCGCCGGCUAAGCGACACGGCCGUAAUAACAACGAACGCAAUCCUCGCACUGAUCUCUCUAGCCACCUUAUGUUACUCAGUCUACCUCUUCUUGAAAGGCCCAUCACAGUGUCAACGCUUUAUUCAAGACCCACUCAUCGUAACAGCGAGUCUCCUCUUCUUCAUUUCUUCCUUAGGCCUCGUCGCAGCUCUCUACGACAGCUACGUCAUCAUCACUAUCUACCUCUUCUUGCUCUUCCUCUCGUUUAUUCUCAUCCUCGUCCUCUCUAUCUUUGUUUUCCUUGUAACCAAUCCUUCCGCUGGAAAAGCCUUUUCAGGGAAGGGUGAUCUUCAGAACUGGAUCAGAGACCAUUUCCUUCAAGGGAAGAAUUGGGAAGGGAUCAUAUGCAUGGCUGAUUCUAAGACUUGUAGGUUUGGUCCUCGUGACGUUCACUUUGACGAUAAACAUCUCUCGAGUGUAAAGUUCGGAUGUUGUCGACCACCAGUAGAAUGUGGCUUCGAGUCAAAGAAUGCGACGUGGUGGAUAGUUCCGGCGACGUCAACAGCAGAGAUCACUGGGGACUGUAAAACGUGGAGUAACACGCAGAGCCAGUUGUGUUAUGCGUGCGAAUCGUGCAAGAUAGGAGUAUUUAAGGGUAUAAGAAAAAGAUGGAGGAUUCUUCUCGUCUUCAAUCUCCUUGUUACUCUUCUCGUCGUCUUACUUUACUCAUGUGGCUGCUGUGUGAGGCAUAACAAUAGGGUUCCAUGGAAGCGCAGAUUCUUCUAA